GGCCCGGACCCGCCUGGUGGCCCGAAUGCACCUGCUCCGGACGCGACUGCCCAGCAUGGCGCCCACCCUCAUCAACGCCGACGCUCUGGAUCCGGGCCUUUCGGUGAACGGUGGCAGCAAUGGCUUCUUCAAAUACGAAGAGAUCGUCCUGGAGCGGGGUAACUCGGGCCUGGGGUUCAGCAUCGCCGGAGGCAUGGACAACCCCCACAUCCCCGACGACCCCGGCAUCUUCAUCACCAAGAUCAUCCCCGGCGGGGCCGCCGCCAUGGACGGGAGGCUGGGGGUCAACGACUGCGUGCUGAGGGUCAACGAGGUGGACGUGUCGGAGGUGGUCCACAGCCGGGCAGUGGAGGCCCUCAAGGAGGCCGGCCCGGUGGUCCGCCUCAUCAUCCGCCGCCGCCAGCUGCCCCCCGAAACCGUCACCGAGGUCAACCUCCUCAAGGGGCCCAAAGGCCUGGGUUUCAGCAUAGCCGGUGGCAUCGGCAACCAGCACAUCCCCGGGGACAACAGCAUCUACAUCACCAAGAUCAUCGAGGGCGGCUCGGCCCAGAAGGACGGACGGCUCCAGAUCGGGGACAGGCUACUGGCGGUGAACAACACGGAUCUGCAGGACGUGCGGCACGAGGAGGCCGUGGCCUCGCUGAAGAACACGUCCGACAUGGUGUACCUCAAGGUGGCCAAGCCCGGAGGGGGCCCAGGAGGAGGCGGCCCCGGAGCCCCGGGAGGAUUCGGAGCAGGGGGGCACCUCGACGACAUGUACGCGCCCCCCGACUACGCCAGCACCUUCGCGGCCCUGCCGGACAACCACAUAAGCCAUAACCCCGGCCUAGCCUACCUGGGGGCCAUGGAGGGCAGGCCCACCUACCCCGCCCCGACGCCGGCCCCUCCGCCCCGCUACUCGCCCACCCCCCGACACCUCCUGGGCGACGACGACUUCACCAGGGAGCCGCGGAAGGUCAUUCUGCACAAGGGAUCUACCGGGCUGGGCUUCAACAUCGUGGGCGGCGAGGACGGAGAAGGCAUUUUUAUCUCCUUCAUCCUGGCCGGGGGUCCGGCGGAUCUGAGCGGGGAGCUCCGUCGCGGAGACCGCAUCCUCUCGGUGAACGGGGUGAAUCUGAGGAACGCCACGCACGAACAGGCCGCGGUGGCUCUCAAACGCGCCGGGCAGACGGUCACCAUCAUGGCACAGUACCGACCUGAAGAGUACAGCCGCUUCGAAUCCAAGAUCCACGACCUGCGGGAGCAGAUGAUGAGCAGCAGCAUGAGUUCCGGCUCGGGGUCUCUGCGGACCAGCGAGAAGAGAUCCCUGUAUGUCCGGGCCCUGUUCGACUACGACCGGAGCCGGGACAGCUGCUUGCCCAGCCAGGGCCUCAGUUUCUCCUACGGCGACAUCCUGCACGUGGUGAACGCCUCCGACGACGAAUGGUGGCAGGCCCGCCUCGUCACCCCCCGGGGCGAAGGGGAGCAGAUCGGGGUCAUCCCCAGCAAGAAGAGGGUGGAGAAGAAGGAGCGGGCGCGAUUGAAAACCGUCAAAUUCCACGCCAGGACCGGCAUGAUCGAGGCCAACCGGUCGAUCAAAACGAAGCGUAAAAAGAGCUUCCGCCUGUCCCGGAAGUUCCCAUUUUACAAGAGCAAAGAGAACGUGGCCCACGAGAGCGGUGGACCGGAACAGGGCGUGACGUCCAACACCAGCGACAGCGAGAGCAGCUCCAAAGGACAGGAGGACGCCAUCCUGUCGUACGAGCCGGUCACCCGACAAGAAAUUCACUACGCCAGGCCCGUGAUCAUCCUGGGCCCCGUGAAGGAUCGCGUCAACGACGACCUCAUCUCCGAGUUCCCGCACAAGUUUGGGUCCUGCGUGCCCCACACCACGCGGCCCCGGCGGGAGAACGAGGUGGACGGCCAGGAUUACCACUUCGUGGCCUCGCGGGAGCAGAUGGAGAAGGACAUCCAGGACAACAAGUUCAUCGAGGCCGGGCAGUUCAACGACAACCUGUACGGGACCAGCAUCCAGUCCGUCCGGGCCGUGGCCGAGAGGGGGAAACGCUGCAUCCUGGACGUGUCCGGCAAUGCCAUCAAACGGCUGCAGCAAGCACAACUCUACCCCAUCGCCAUCUUCAUCAAGCCCAAAUCCAUCGAGGCGCUCAUGGAGAUGAACCGCCGGCAGACGUACGAACAAGCCAACAAGGUCUACGACAAAGCCAUGAAGCUGGAGCAGGAGUUCGGGGAGUAUUUCACAGCCAUCGUCCAGGGCGACUCGCUGGAGGAAAUCUACAACAAGAUCAAGCAGAUCAUCGAGGACCAGUCCGGCCACUACAUCUGGAUCGCCUCCGCCGAGAAGCUCUGAAGACCACCCCCCUCCCCGCCCCCGG